AAAGUAAAUAAAUAAAAAUUACAAUUACAACUAGACUCAAAACUCCCACACCCAAACGGAUUAAAUGGAUGAGGAAGAGACAGCAGAAAUCAAUGCACAAGAGCAGGAGGUUGCUGGCUCUGCGGGGGAGGCAGCGGCAGGCCCGAGUGGGGCAGAAGUGCAACCGAAUGACGAUUCCGUUGCAGUGGAGAGGGUCAUAGAUGUCUUCGAGGAGACGGCCGAAAUGGAAGCGGCCAUGAUCGAACGCUUCUUUGGACCGUCCGGCGAGGUUGCGGAGGAGGGCACGCUCCCAGUUCCUGGCCCAUCGGCAGAUGGCGAGGGAUCCGCCAAUGCCGGAGGUGAAAGACCCAGUGAGGAAGACAUAGUUCUGGACGAUGGUACCGAGAGUGAUGGCAGCUACAACCGCCCUGGCAGCGACAUGUCCUUGGAUAGUCCAAACAGUGAGGAUGACUCCGAUGUGGAGGCCAUGCCACGCUGGAUGAUACCCCAAAAUCGCUUGCGUUUCGCCGUGGACAUGAUGGUGUCGCAGGCUCGAAAUCAGGACGGAGGAAUCGCUGCGCUUUUGAACAGGGACAACUUCUUGCAGCGUGUCCGCAGUAUGGUAUUCAGCCAGGAGAGGCGACGGAGUCGCAACAGCGAUGAAGUUAGCCCGGAGGCUGAAGAUGAUGAACUGCCGGAGCAUCCGCCGCCUCCGCCACCGAGGCCACCCAUAGAUAUCGACAUGGAGGAGGGAGUGCAUUUCGACACCAAUCUGCCGGCAGAACAUUCGUAUUUUGGCCCGAACUUGAAUCGAGUGCCCGGCGUGAACUACCAGGAGGUGGGCAGCACGCACCACAUGCUUAUCUUUUUGCACCAGUACAUCCUAUUUCCCGGCGAGGUGCUGCCCUUUAUGAUCGAUGGCAGCCUCUUCGACGACGAUAUGUCUGGACUGGAUGGUCUGAUUUUUGCCGUCGCUUUUCCUUUGAUGAAGCCACCUGAGGAUAGCAAAAAAUUGUAUGGAGUGACCUGCCAGAUCUAUGAGAAGGGCGACAACGGACGCCACCUGACCUUCUACAAGUCCCGGGCCCUCCAGCGCAUUGUCAUCAACUGCAGCGACAUCAAGGGCCUGCCCCAGUACAUUGCACGGAAUCCGACCAACAAGUGCCACAGCAAGGUGAAGAUACUACCGGAGUACUUUCUGCCCGAGCCCCUGAAGUGCAUCGACAUGGGGUCGAUGAGUCGCUUCCGGGACAUACCCUCCAUGCGAGACAAGUAUCUCCGCUAUCAGAUCUCCAGCACACCGUGGCCGGUCGAGGUCUGCCAGGAGUACGCAUACGAGGAUAUUGUGGAGCGGGCGCGCAAGAAGCUCGAGGUACACAAGAUCGACACAAUGCCAAAGUGUCCCAUACAGAUGUCAUUCUGGCUGGUGCGCAAUCUCCAUCUGACCGAGAAAAUGAUGAGCCAAAUGUUCCUUACGGAUUCGGUGAACCUGCGCCUGCAACUCAUCGGCGGUAUCCUAAAGGAGGAGACGCUCUUCUAUUGCCGCUACUGCAACAGCAGCCUUGCCUACUGCUCAGAUCUGUUUGCCAUGUCCAAGCAUGGCGUGCAGACACAGUACUGCAAUCCUGGAGGAUAUAUACACGAGACGAACACUGUGUACCGGGUGAUAUCCCAUGCCAUUGGCUACAGCGGUGAGCCGUCCACCAGAUUUAGCUGGUUCCCCGGCUACCAGUGGCACAUCAUCUUGUGCAAGUUCUGUGCCCAGCAUGUCGGCUGGGAGUUCAAGGCUGUCGAGCCGAAUUUGGCCCCCAAGGUGUUCUACGGCCUGGCUGGGUCCAGUGUGCGGAUUGGCAAGGCAGGCGACAGUGCCACCGUAAACGGCAACAACUUUGUGGUGCGCAACAUGCUGAGGGUCAUUUCCGAGGGAAUGGAAUGAGCAGUGGGAGCAUCUUUAAUUAGGACUUGUUUCAUAAAAACAUAACUUUUAAAAAUCUGAUUGUCUAUACAACACAUUUAGAGGACUUGAGAUCGGUUUAUAUACGUUCUACGGGCUUAGGUGCAAACGGAAAGAUUGAUUUAGUUGAAGUAAAUUAUAUUUAAUUGAAGUUUAAGAUUAAAUUUAAAGGCUGAUCCAUCCUAA